CCGCUCGAACGCGCCUCAGAAAGCGGCCGGCGGUUCCAGACGGGAGCUUUCUCGCUGUCCAGGGAGCAGCCGAGGCGGAGGGCGGCGGCUGAGGCGGUGGCUGCUGCACGGGCGGCUCCCGCGGGCACGGCCAGCAGCAGCCAUGGCGGUCUUGCCUAUCAUCAACCAAGACACGUCGCAGCUAUGGCGCCGGAUCAACGACAAAAUCGAGGAGCCCAAGAGCCAGAGGCGGCUCAUCCUCAUCAUUGUGUGCGUGGCCCUGCUGCUGGACAACAUGCUGUACAUGGUCAUCGUACCCAUCAUCCCGCAGUACCUGCGCAGCAUCGAAGCCUGGUACACGCACACCGAGGGAGGCAACAUGUCCUCCUAUGUGGUGAACGCCACCGUGAACGGCGUGGUCACCAACCGCACGGAGUGGCGUCGCACGGGGGGCCACAUUGUCUACGAAGGCGAAGAGUCGGCGGUCGGCGUCCUCUUCGCCUCCAAGGCCAUUGUUCAGCUGUUUAUCAACCCCUUUUCGGGGGCCCUAAUCGACAGGAUUGGCUACGACAUUCCCAUGAUGUUCGGCCUCAGUAUCAUGUUUCUGUCCACGGCUAUAUUUGCCUGCGGCAAGAGCUACGGCGUGCUGUUCUUUGCCAGAAGCCUCCAGGGUGUUGGCUCUGCUUUCGCGGACACCUCUGGGCUCGCUAUGAUUGCUGAUCGAUUCACUGAGGAGUCUGAACGAACCAAAGCGCUUGGCAUAGCCCUGGCUUUCAUCUCCUUUGGCUGCCUCGUCGCCCCGCCAUUCGGUGGUCUCCUCUACGAAUUCGCAGGAAAAGAGGUUCCCUUUAUCAUCCUCUCUCUGGUCUCGCUCGUCGACGGCAUCCUCCUGCUGUUCGUAAUGCAACCAGUCAAGCAGCAGAUGCGUGCAAUGGGCGUCGAACGGCCUGCCGGCACCCCCAUCUGGCGCCUGUUCAUCGACCCGUACAUCGCAGUGGCCGCCGGUGCACUAAUGAUGUCCAACGUGUCACUCGCCUUCCUCGAACCAACGAUCUCUAUCUGGAUGAAGGAUAAUAUGCACGUGGACGACUGGCAGAUUGGUCUCAUCUGGUUGCCGGCUUUCUUCCCGCACGUUGCGGGCGUUUACUUGACAGUGCGCAUGGCACGCCAGUACCCACAAUACCAAUGGGCUAUCGCUUGCUUCGGCCUGGCGCUGGAAGGGCUCAGCAGCUUCAUCGUGCCCUUCGCCCGCUCCUACUGGGUGCUCAUCAUACCACUCUCGGGCAUCUGUUUCGGCAUCGCCCAGGUCGACACCUCCUUGCUGCCCACACUGGGAUACCUGGUGGACGUGCGUUACGUGUCUGUCUACGGUUCCAUUUACGCCAUCGCUGAUAUCUCGUACUCGCUGGCGUACGCCAUCGGCCCCAUCAUCGCUGGCGGUAUUGUCGAGAGCAUUGGAUUUACGGCGCUCAACAUCUUCAUAGCCCUGUCUAAUCUUCUCUACUGCCCGCUGCUUAUGUCGCUGCGACACAUCUACGACUACAAGCCAUUCGAGAGCGAGGCGAAUAUACUGAUGCAGGACCCUCCGGCCAAGGAGUAUCAGACCUACAGGCUUCAAGACGGCGCAGCAGCUCCACUCCCGGUCACGAAUCACGUGCAACAGACCUCCUUUAUGGAAGGUGGCACCGUCACUUCAGCGCAUGGACAAGCUCAACAGCAACAACAUCAGCCCCAGCAGCUUCCAGCUGCAGGAAAGGUACAGGCACCACAGCACCAGCAACAACAGCGACCUCCGCACAAGCGUCCCGCCGCGAAGAAGCACGUACGCGUGAGAGGGUACAGAUCUUCGGACAUGGAAAUGAUGAUUACUAGCUCCGAGGAAGAAGAGGGUGACCUCGAGUGAAGCAUCCCUCUUGGCUGGGUAGAUGUCACAUGUGCUCAUCUUCGACGUUUCGGACGGCUCUCUGCGGAGGUGGUGCUCAUCAGCUCCUGUGUGAGCGGUAGAGGGUGACUCCGAGUGACGUACUGACUGCUUGGUGAUUUCUUUUUCCGCCUGGUGCGCACAUAUGUGUACUUCUAGACACUCCUACCUUUAGGGUAUUGAAAUGGAAGCGUUAAUGAAAGAAAGUGGUCUUCGCUGCAGUGUAUGAUGCUAGCGUAACGAUUUCUUUCCCUCGUUAAUUCCCGACAAGAGAACCAUGGUAGAUGACUAAGACCGCUUGAAAGGUGGACACGUUGCUGCAGGUCGUAGCAGGCCAUGGUAACAGAGUGGUAUGAAUUUAGAAAAGUGUUCAUUCAGUAGUGUCGUGGCAUAUGGUGAUGUCUCCCGCUGCUUCAGCCAAAGGCACUCUGUUACAAGCAGCUUCUAGCAAAGGUCGUGGUGGAACGCGCCAAUGCAAAUGCCAAGCAUGGUUGUGCCCCGCAAUAACUCGCCCUUCUGGAAACAAUAACCACCGAUGGCCUCCGCCAAGCUUGCGAUGAGCGUUUACAGAAUAUAGACCUUAAAGGACCUAGGCAAACACAGAAGACGUUAUAUUACACUGAUCGAUUCUCAUAAUACUACGAAGUGCAACAAGAAGCUUGUGCGCGUGGUUUGAAAUUCGGUACUGCUCUUUGUUAGAGAUGGUGUAAGGGCACAGCUCAUAGAGUAAUGGUAGGCGCUCUUGAAAAAGAAUGGGUUUAGCCUGCGAAAGGAAUUAGAGUGUUGUUGGCACUGCCUUCAUAAGGUUAUUUUGUGAAAACUGUUAUUAAUAAUUAGGUCCUAAAACUUUUUUCCCAAUCGCGUCAAUUCGAGCUAAUAUCGCCCAGUACUGAUGUGGCCUCCCUAUAAGCGUAUUGUUGUCUCAAGCCUUGCGAAUGAUGCGCAUGUAUUACGCUGAAAAAGCCACUUCAUUGUUUCAGGGCUUUUCUUGUAUUUUGGCUUGCUGCACGUUGACACUCUGAUGACUUCUGAAGAAGCUGUCAUCAAGCACGGAAAGGGUGUGACGGACAAAAAUGAUCCGUCUCAAUUCUGUCACGCUCUACGUGCUGUUUAAUGUCUGCUUAAGCAACGCGGCACUGAGCACAGGACAGCGCUUGGCAUAGCUGACACCAAACAGAAGAAACCUGCAGCCACACAGAGGUUACGUUUCUCUACACCGAGCCCAGUCGAUAGAAUGAUUUCGCUCACAGGCCUGCGGUGCUAAAAGCGUUGUUAGAAAUUGAGACCAUUACGAUUACGUGCGAAAAGACUGAGGGAUAAAAAUGCACAGUGAUAAAAUCCCACGAAAUGGACGCUGCUUUGGAAGCUUUAGUUGACAGCGAAUUUCGUUCGUGUGUUUUGGACCACGUCUCUCUCAUUUACCGGGGUUACGUAUACUGGCUCAGCACAAGAAGGCGCCAGAAGCAACAUACGGUGAAUGAGGGCACUUGCGGAAAUCUUUCAGCUAUAUCAAAUCAUUUGAAUACGCGUCUCUGCCCUCGCACAACGUACUUAAUGAGUUCCAUUGCUGCCUUGCGGUGCCUGUCGUGGGUAAAAAUUCUAGAUGAAAAACCCCUCACAAGAGGCCUGUGAGGAACGCGUAUAUCGGCAGAACCUGCUACGCAUCUAUAAACGAUGGGAUAUGGAGAGAUGUGCUGAUGCAACAGAGCCUGAGCAUUAGUUAUGUAUAAACAUGCAACACGCUUUAUAUUCUCGGCCACUUCAAAUGUCAUGCUCGCAUUGACUAGAAGUCGAUGUUAAAGCAGUUGCAUACAUACACACAUUCUUCUGCAUGGAGCAUCAGAUGUAGGGUUCCCAGGUUUUGCGACAGUGAAGAGCGCAUUAAACUCGCAUCAAUGCUUGCCUUAAAAUGAGUUCUUAUAAAUGAGAUGUUGUAUUUGUUUUUACUUUUUUAUCCAGAUCAGCACGUUAAAAUAAAGAAAGGAGGAAAAAACUUUAGAAAGAGUAUUCACGCACAGAGGACGCAAACUCCGAUUGUAGUUGAUCCUAGAAUUCCAGAAUUCAAAGA